UAAUACAUAUCACUCCAAAUCCACCUGAAUCGUGAUAUAUAUCGCUCCAAAUCCAUCUUUCCCUUUCAAAUCCUUUACCUAUCAAGCUCUACAACGAUUUUAAGUUCAAAAAAUAGUGGAUUAGAGUACGAGCUCGUGGAGAGAUUAUGGGAAUUUGAGAGCUACGACAAAGUUAGGAGGUUGAUGCAUGAUAAGGCACGAUACAACACAACACAAUACCAUGGAGGAUUGGAGCUCCCGAAACGUGUCGGUGCAUUUUCUGAUAGUGAAAUUGGAGGAAACGGUUAAGAAGAUGAAAAGCGUUAGCGGAAAAAAGGCUAUCAGUGAUUGUUUGUUGGCUUGGUUUUCUUCUGCCUACAAUCAGCUCGAGGCUCGGACUAACGAGGUUUUUUCCAAAUUAAACAAAUUACCCUUACCCUAUAUCCCCGCACCAAUUUGGAACGUAGGUUUAAUUGCUAUCUCAUCACCAUCCAACAAUAACUCCAAUUCCAUCUCUAAACCGGGGCCUACUGAAGAUACUCAAUCCCAUGGUAGGAGGCGGACGCGGUCACCUAGCCUCGACGACACCUCCGAACACGAGCAUAGAGACAAACGGUUAAAAUUGAAGGAGGGUUGGAGCUCGGGCGUUGAUCGAUUGGAUGAUUUGAUAGAGAGAGUGGAGGAACUGGUUAAGAAGCUGAAAGGCGUGGACGGGAAAAAGGAUUCGGUGAAUGGUCCAUUGUUGGCUUCGUUUAUGUCUGCGUUCACUCAGCUCGAGAAUUGGACUGAGCAGCUUUUGUCCGCAUCAACCGUGAACGAACCAUCAUCACCCAGUAAACUAAGCGCAUCAAACAACUCCGAUCCCAACAUUGAAGUGGGACCAGAUACUCCAGAAAAUUCCCGUGGUAAGAAGACGUCAGGGUCGAAUAGCCGCGACAACAGGUCCGAAGAGAAGAGAGAAACCAAAAUUAAGGCACAAACUGAUCAGAACUCGGGCUCUUCUCUAACAGUUCCAUUGGAUGAUCUGAUAGCGAGAAUGAAGGAGAUGGUUAAUAUGCUGAAAAGUGAAGGACGUUUGGUGAAUAGUCCUUUAUUGGGUUGUUUUGUGUCUGCACAGACUCUACUCAUGGCUUGCGCUACCGAGCUAUUGUCCAUAUCAAUUGGAAAGUCAAAGGCACUACAUCAUCAGGGAAGUGAAAUUUCUGUUAAUUACAGCUCUACUACUACUAAUGAUACAGCUGCUGAUGGUAAUGGAGAGAAAAAAUAAGAUUAAAAAGCAAAAGACCAUGAUACAGCUGCUGAUGGUAAUGGAGAGAAAAAAUAAGAUUAAAAAGCAAAAGACCAUGAAGAAAUUAUUAACCACAAUCCUCCUAAAAACUCUCCAUACUCUCCAAUAUA